UCGGCACAAGCAAAACAAGUGAAAAUUCAGACCGAAUAUAUCAAAAACUGUCCAAAUCUCAAAGUGAUAUCUUUUCUGGCUGUAGUUCUCGUUUAGUGAUUCUCGUGUUUAACUGGAAGUUGCGAUGCCCAAGCACACUCCGUACACUUGGCGAAUCCCGGACUUCCCCGGCGAUGGCAGCGAUGUGUCCUGGCAGGAUCCCACCCUGCUGGUCAUCUGCCAGAAGGCCGACGUGGACACGGCGAUCCAGCCGCUUCUGCGCUCCCUAAAGCAGCCCUUUGCACCUGGCCUGGUGGUCAGUGUCUUUGUGCACGAGACGAUGCGCGAGGGCUUCGUUGGGCGUGUGCGCGGCUCCAUGGAGCACAUGCACCGCCAGGCGGCCGGCCACGCCCACUACCGCCAGGCCCUCGAGAUGGUGGACUGCCUGCAGGCGGAAGUGGUCGGCAUGCUGACGCCGGACGACAUCCGCUUCCGGUACAAGAUGACCCAAGACUCGCCCAUGAUCGUGUGCGAGUUCGACCACAGUUUCUUCGGCGGAUCGAGACCCUGCUCUAUGGUGACGCUACACACCUUCCGCCACGCCUCCGAGUUGCCCGGCCUCCUGGCCAGGGAGCGGGUGCCGUUCGUAAGUGGUGCCGUCUGGGGCGCCAAAAUGGCCACCGUCUACGAGGCGGCCCUAUAUCUGGACCUCGUCGUCGUCUACAUCAACUGCCAGGGAAUUCCGCUCACUCCCGUCCAGGAGUUCCUCCAGGCAAAGCAGCCGCACGUGGUGCUGGCCAGGUACCACCACUUUGAGGUGAUUAUGCAUGCUGGCCAGCACCGGGUGAUCGUCUAUCCGGCCAAGGUCAUCUGGGAGCCACCAGUUCGAGCGUCGGCGGGAGCUCAGGACCAGCCAGCCUCGCUAGGUACCAAGGCCAUCACCCAUGGGGUGGCAAAGAGUAAAAAGCGGGGCCCCACCAAGUCUUGUCUCACAUCGUUAUCAAAAGUUUAAAUAAAGUGCAGAGUAAUGAAAGAGUUAA